AUGGAUUCAUAUCCAUAUUCGCAACCGGCUAACUUUGUUGACCUACUAAAUAGUCAACAAGAGCCAUCUUUCAAUGAUGGCUUUCCCUCAGUGGAGCAACUCCCUGUAUUUAGCACGCAACCCGCUUCCCUUCAUGAAACUCUCAGUCAGCGCGGUGAUAGAAGAACUUGGGCACCGAACGAGGACGUCCUCCUGAUAAGCGCUUGGCUUAACACAAGCAAAGACCCAGUUGUGGGUAAUGAGCAAAAGUCUUGCGCAUUCUGGAAGAGGAUCGCACUAUAUUAUGCUGACAACAUGAAAGAGGCGAAGCUGGAUAUACCACGCGAAUCAGGGCAAUGCAAGCAGAGAUGGCACAAGAUUAACGAUAUUGUGUGCAAGUUCUGCGGAGCCUUUGAAACAGCUACGCGCGAGAAGACCAGUGGUAUGAACGACAAUGAUGUGCUCAAGCUGGCUCACCAAAUAUACUUCCAAGAUCAGAAGAAGAAGUUCAACUUAGAACAUGCGUGGAAGGAGUUGCGAAAUGACCAGAAAUGGUCGGAACUUUCUACUGCAAAAACCGAUGGGAUUUCCAAAAAAAGAAGAUGUGAUGCUGUUUCAAAUGCACCGACUGCUGAAGUGGAGGAAAUAAGGUUCGGUGACCAAGCACAACCUAGUACUCGGCCUAUUGGAAUCAAGGCGGCAAAGGCGAAGACCAAGAAAACUAACCCUGAAGGGAAGACGCUAAGUGAGUUUGAGGGAAUGUGGGUCAUCAGGGAAAAGGAGAUGGCCAUGCAAGAAAGGCUUAAUAAAAUGGCACUACUUGACACUCUAAUGGCGAGGAAGGAGCCAUUAGCUGAUUAUGAGGAAACUGUGAAGAAGAAGCUUGUUCAAGAACUAUUCUCUGAUUAG